GUUUGUGAAAUGUGAAGGCAACCGUGUUCUCAAAAGUUAGUAGCUAACUAAUUAAAUUUAUUUAUUUUAACUGAGAAAAGAAAGUUAAUACCACCAUACUUUUUACCAAUUUCUAAACAUUUAAACUCAGUGAGAUCUAUUAACAGCAAAUAUACAAGAAACUUGCUUCUCCGUAGCCGCAAAGAAAAGUUAAGAUAAUAAUAUAACAAAAAACUUGUUCUAUUAGCAUAUCGUUGUAUAAAAUAUUUAUUAUAGUAUGUACUUCUAUGCAAACACGACACUAUAUUGAUAUUCAAUGUUAUGAUUGCAACAGAAUAUAAUUAUGAGAAGAAUUCGUAAUUUAAAACUAGUUUAUCAUUAAUGAUACAUAUCAUUUUUGGUAAGUUCAGUUAUCGAAUUAGUGAAACCGGAAAGAUAGAUUAAGCACCAAUUAUUUUACGGAUUUCGUUUGGCUCCGCGGACUUAUAUUUCGGAAAUGGAAGGUGGAUACGAUGAAAUUAUAUCUGAUAACCCCUUUUUCGUGGAAUUCAAAAAUGAAUAUAUGGAUUUAUUUCAACAUUGUAUAACAGAAUCUUGGAUAGUUUGUGUGCCGCGAAUCGGAAGUUUAAAUACUCGUGUUUUUUCUAUAGAAGACUUCUGUGCACAUGUUUUAGUGCCUAGUGAUGAACUUCCUGAGACUCACUAUAACACCCUCACUGAAAAGCAGGUUACUGUUGCAAAUAAAGUGAUUUCACUCGAAGUUACCAAAGGACUACCUCUUCAAAGCCACAUUUUAUUUGAAGAAACAUUCUACACAGAAGACUUUAUAAAAUACAAAGUUUGGUGUAUUGAAACUCCUCUUGAGCCUACUUCUAAUGUUGGGGACAACGAUGUAACUAAAGAAUGCCUUUGCUCUAUCAAUGACUGUAUUGACUUACUGUGGACACAAGCUGCUGGUCGUCAAGUUUUGGAUCAAAUUGAAUUAAAUGUCCAAUUAUUUGUGAAAAAGAACCCAUCUUUACCAGUGGCUAUUGGCAAUCUCAAAGAUGCUGUAAGUGAGCUAUACACACAAUGCCUACAAGUGACCUUACAAAACCGACGCUUAAGAGAUAAAUCUAAAGCAUCAAAGCAUAUUUUAGAGAAUAUUAAGCUAGCUGUUGAAUGUUAUAUGCAACAACUUUUAUUUGACUAUAUAUUUAAACCAAUAUGCACUAGUUGCUCAUAUGAGGAUUCUCAUCUCAAUAAAAAAAUAAGAAAUAUGUGUGAUAUUCAACUUAGAGAUCUUGAUAUUAAAAAAGAAUUGUACCACGCUGUGCCAAGAGCGAAGCAAAUACUUUCUAAAAUUGAUUCAUACAACACGGUACUGGAGAAAGUAUUGUGUUUAAAACAAGCAUUGAAUGCAAUUAAUAAAAGUGACAGUGGCAAUAAUGUUGUUCUGUUAACUGCUGAUGAUUUAUUACCAGUUUUUGUAUUUCUUUUAAUUAAAUCUGGAUUACCAAACUGGUAUAGCCAACUUACUUAUAUGAAGGAAUUUAGGUUCAGCGGGAUCGGAAAGGGUGAUGGAGACGAAAGUAUAUUUCUUAUUACGACAUUAGAAGCUGUCAUAGAACACAUUCAAUCAGGAGCCUUGGCAGGCCCACCAGACCCAGAAUCAUAUUACUAUGAAAGCAACCCUUCAGAAGAUAGUAUGAGCACAUGUAAUCAAAGGAGAAGCAGUUUAACUGAGUCAAUCUCUACUUCUGAUACCACAAGUAGAGAAGAGACCCUUGAAUAUGUUUUUGACUUGAUUAAAGCUAAUCAUACAGAACAAGUGCAAUCUUUACUAGAGAAAAACCAAAGGCACUUAAAUAAUAUGCAAGAUAAUGAAAAGAGUGUUAUAAAAUUACCAUUGAAUGAAGAUGAAAUUGAUGAUGAUGAUGACAGUGAUCUUGAAAUAUUCCAAAAAUUAUGUCAUCCUUUGUGUAACUGCAAUAAAUGCUGCCAGAAACUUUCAAAGAAUCUCCUUAAAACAUCACCCACGGUCAACUCCCGUGACAGUCACGGUCUGACUCCUCUGCAUGUUGCAAGUAUACAUGGAAAAGCUGCAACUGUUGAAAUUCUUAUUGAAAUGGGAGCCGAAGUGAAUGCAACAGAUUUAAACGAAUGCACGCCACUGCAUUAUUCGGCUGCAAGAGGGCAUCAAAAUGCUCUGUUAUUGUUACUUCAUUCGGGAGCUGAUAUCAACAAAGCAAAUAUUGAUAAAAAUACUCCUCUACACAUGGCAGUCAACAAUGGACAUUUGAACUGUGUCAAAGCUCUUAUCUAUUUUGCAGAGCAUGGACGAAAACAGAUAAAUAUAAAUUGCUGCAAUCAGAGUGGAAAUACACCAUUGCAUAUGUCUGCAAAAUGGGGAUAUGAAGGCAUAGCUAAGUUACUCAUAGAAAAUGGUGCAGAGCCAUCAUUGCAUAAUCGCAAUGGGAAAACUGCAUUUGACUUAGCACACAAUUUGAAAAUAUUGCAAGUGUUGAAAUCCAGUACACCCAAUUUAUAUGAAUACAUACACAUAACCAGCACAGAUAUUAAAAAGUUAAGUUUAAAGAAUGACAAUCCUGUAACCCAAAAGUUACACAACUUGAAAAUAAGAAAUAGUGACCGUAACAAUGCGUCAAAAACAGUAGAAAAUCUGAAGAGAAUUGAAAGAAUCUUGCAAGCUAUAUCCUAUGGUGAUAUUAAAUUAGCAUGUUUUUAUAUGAAUAUUAAUUAUGAAAAUUAUAUCAAUGCUAAAAGUGAAAUGAAAGAAUCUCUUUGCCACCCUCUAUGUGAAUGUUCUAACUGUAAGAAAGUAACACAAUCCACUAUAUCAGACUUUGAUGUGAACUUUUGUGAUUCAAACGGUAUAACUGCAUUACACUAUGCAGCGAGAUAUGGCCUCGACGAAUUAUGUAGAAUUCUUAUACUGAAUAGAGCUGAUGUUAACACAUGCAACAAAAAAGGGCAAACGCCACUGCACCUGGCCGCCUUGCAUAAUAAAACUAUAGCUUUACAUUAUCUUUUGGACAGUGGCGCUAAUAUAAAUGCAAUAGACUUAUCCGGAAACACUCCAUUACAUGAUGCCUGCGAAGUGGGAAAUAUUGGCGCUACUAAAACACUUCUAAGCUUCAGUCCUGACUUAUCUAUGGUAAACGCCUCUCAAAAAACACCUCUGGAUGUCGCUAAAGAAAAAGUCCAUUUAACAAUCAUAGAUUUAAUAGAAAAGCAUUCAAAUAAGACAUCAAUUUACAAAUAAAUUAUUUUUUUUUACUCAAUAUGUAGCAUUUAAACAUGGGAAACUUGAAACAGUGAAGGUUUUAUUUUAACUUGUGGCAUUUUUCUGCAUUCCUUAGUUUAGUACAUAAUAAUAUUGUAACACUGUCUAAUUUUGC